AGAGAGUUUAUUUUUCUUGUAAAACAAUUUAUCCUUGGAAAAGAAGUAGGUUUCCUUAUUUUCUUCUGCGUCCAUCUCUUUUUAUCUAUUUUCACAUACAGCUCCGACCCGAUUAAGCUCCGAAAUGAACUCUGAAUCUGAUUCAAGAUUAUAAAUGCUGCUUAGGGUUCUUUAGGAAUUGUUGCUUUGAAUUAUAUCUAUUUUGUUAUGGAACGAGAAUAUUAGGGUUGGUGUUUCGAUUUUGGGUGGAGGAAAUUGCGUGAUUGGGUGUUUUUAUUUUGGGGAUUUCCAAAGAGGGAAGAUAGGCUUGGUUUAGAGGAUUAUGUGUAUACUCUGUGUUAUUCAGAAGUGGUCUCGCAGGGUUGCUUCGAUGCUGCCUUGGUUGGUUAUACCAUUCAUAGGUUUAUGGGCACUUUCUCAGCUAUUGCCACCUGAUUUUCGAUUCGAAAUCACCUCCCCAAGGCUGGCUUGCGUUUUUGUGCUUUUGGCAACUCUGUUUUGGUAUGAAAUUUUAAUGCCCCGACUUUCUGCUUGGAGGGUUAGAAGGAAUGCUCGCCUCAGGGAGAGGAAAAGGUUCGAGGCUAUAGAACUGCAAAAGCUUCGUAAGACUGCGACACGAAGGUGCCGGAACUGCCUGACUCCAUACAAGGAUCAGAAGCCGGGUGGUGGUCGGUUUAUGUGCUCUUAUUGUGGUCAUGUAUCGAAGAGACCUGUUUUGGACUUUCCCAGUCCGCCUGGUCCGGGGAUUUCAAAAUCUGGGGUCAUUAAGGACCUUGUUGGUAAAGGUGGGAAAAUCUUGAAUGGAAAGGGGUGGUCAGAGAAUGGGUGGACGUGUGGGCAAGAUUGGUCAGAGAAUGGGAACUGGGUCGCUGGGUCUGUUGCAGGGAAGCCUAUCUAUCGGUGGAUGAAUGGCACUGAUGAUUUUGGAAGGGACGGGGAUUGUUUGACAAAGAAAUCUGAUUCAGGCAUUGUUAUUUUUGCAUGCAGGCUGUUGAUGCCUUUCUUGAGCAUUAGGUGGCUUUUGAGAAAGAUUUUUGGGGUUAAUUCAUCAAACUACGAUGCUUCAUCUAAUGCAGACCACAGGAGCUUGUUGGCUAAGAGGGGUGAGAAUGGAACAAGCAUUCAUGAGAGCAGAGGAGAAAAAGCACGCAGAAAGGCUGAAGAAAAGAGACAGGCUAGGUUAGAGAAGGAGCUUUUAGAGCAAGAAGAGAGAAAGCAAAGAGAGGAGGUUGCAAGGUUGGUGGAAGAACGAAGGAAACUGAGGGAUGAAAAACCGGAGGCUGAAAAAGGCCUCAGCAAAUUGUCAUCACCUUCUAGGGAGAAAGAACUAAAAAAGGAAGCAGAAAAUAAGCAUAAAGAGAGAAGGAAAGAGAAAGAUAAAUCAUCUGGUAAGAGCCACUCUGAUGCAGAUGAGCUUGAGAAGAAAACUGCUAAGGAAACUGAACGGAAUCAUGACAUUGAUAAGAAGAGUGAGGUUGAUUUCCGGGAACAUCCGAAGUCUUGGACAGAUAAUAUCAAGGGCAAUGCUCUUGAAACAGGACGUGGGACUAAAAAUACUCCUGCAAGUAAUUUUAAUCGGGGAAAUGGUGGAACUAGAUACUUCGAUCGUAUGAGGGGUACAUUCUUGUCAUCGUCUAAAGCUUUCACGGGAAGUAGUUUCUUUGGAAAGACUAAUACUCCUGCUAUUAUUACAAAAGAGAACAAAACUAACAAUCCUGUUGACCAUGUCCAUACUUUGGCCAAUAGGAGAGACUUCUGUCCAUCUGAGCGACUAACUGGGAAUUUGAGUAUUAAUGGAGAUGAUAAGAACGAUAAAAUCAACCAGCCUGUGAAUUCAGAAACCCAACUGAGGACAGCACCUAAAAAAUCGUGGCAACAGUUAUUUACUCGCUCACCUUCUGCUCCUCCAGUCUCAAAUGGCAAUGUUAUUAGUAGACCAACUUCAAGGAUUCAGGCAGAAGCUCAGAGCCCACCAUUUACAGGCCAUUCGACAAUACAGACAUUUGAUAAUCCUAUCAAUUUUGGACUACCCUCUCCAUUUAUGUCUUCGUACACAAAUGGGGUUCCCAAAAGUAGUAUAGGUUUCUCACCAGCUAUUGAGCUCAUUUCCGCUCAUGCUGCAGAUGGGCUUCGCGAAUUUAUACAGGAAGAACCAGAGCUUUUUGAAGACCCCUGGUAUGUUCCUGAUCCGGUAUCCUUGCUUGGGCCUGUUUCUGAGUCACUUGCUAAUUUUCAGUUGGACUUGGGUGCUGGCUUUGGAAUGGACGUGGGAAUGGAAAGACCUUGUGGUUUGAAGAAUAUAUCUGCUGCUGAAAUUAGCAAGCCCUCACCUAUAGAGUCUCCAGUGUCAAGAUCACGAUCUGUUGAUGAAAGGCAUACGAAUUCUAGCAGAUCCCCAGUUACCCCAAAGGCCCAAGAUCUUCCGUCUUUUCCUGUGGAUGAUGCUAAUACAAAUGAGAAAGGCACAUGGCAGAUGUGGAACAGCUCUCCCCUUGAUCAGGAUGGUCUGGGCUUGGUGGGUGAUCCCGCAAGCUGGUUCUUGCCCCUGGAACAUACUAGAUCUAACAAGGAAGACUUUUUGCACCCUUCUCAGAAAACUAUGGCAUCUUUGUUCACAAAAGAGGAUCAUAUACUUGCUGGCAAACGGUCUCCUCAGAAAGAUUUUCUUGGGAAUGGCCAGAAUGGUGGAACAUUCAGUCCUGUAGCUGAUCCAAGAGAUUACGAUCCAUGGUUACGGAAGGCCUUCUUUCCACCAUUAUCUGGCAGUGAUAACCAUUUUGUUAACAAGUCUGGGGAGGAAUUGAGUUAUGGAAGUCCCUGUGUAUCUGCAGGCAUCCAUCCAUUUGAGCCGUCUCCUGCAAAUUUUUGUCCCAAGAAGGAAUGGGGUAUGCAAGAAUCAGAGCAGCCUGUUGGAAAGUCUUCUAUAGAAGGGCCAAAUGUUGGGGGUUUAUUUCCCAGCCAGAUGCAUGGUCACUUUGGUAAUUUGAUUGAGAUAGAAAAAGGGGUGAGAAAUAGCCAAUUGGAGGGACUUUAGAAUAUAUCUCUUCUCACUUCUCUUUCUGUAGGGAGAGAUUAGAAUAUACUUUGAUGCAUUGUAUCUUCUCUUGUUUACGAGGGAGAUUAAAGAGAACUAGAAUGCAUUUUGUGCAUUAACUUCAUCCUUCUGUCUUUUGUCGUUCGUUCAGUUUAAGUAUGUAGACGUAUCAAGAAUCCAAACAAGCACGCCCAAGUUACAUUUAUUCG